AACACAUUAGCCAAGUUAGUUCAAUCAAAUAUUUUCCUAUAAAAAAAAUUAUCAAUCAAGAAAUUAUUCCAAAUAUUUUUAAAAUAUUUUAUUUUUGAAUAAAUUUUAAUUAACAAAAAACCAACAACUUUAAUUAGUUUUUAACUGCACAAGAGAGGAUAAAAAAUGUUUGCUGUAAUGCGUCUACACGUGUUAAAAGGAGCCGCUAAACGUUUCCAACAAAUACGCAGUUAUGGAGCCCAAGCCAUUAAUCAAAUGUUGCAAUUGCAACACACUGAAAUCUGUGCAGAUCCCCCCUCUAGAGGUUUGGUUUUAGGUGUGUAUGCUGAUGAGGAAGAUAAAAACGAUACGGGUAUUUUAACGCCAGCUGCUUGGCGUUAUAAUGUGCAGAGAACUGGCGGACGCAUGCUAGAGGUUUUACGUAUGUCAGGACCCAUGCCCAAAAGAGGAGAAUGUCGUUUGUUGUUUGCCCAAGAAACAGAGAAAAUUCCCUAUUAUUCCGCUGUAGCCAUUAUAGGUUUGGGUAAGGAAUGUUUGGGUUUUAAUCCCUAUGAAAUUUUGGAUGAACAAAAAGAAGCCAUUAGAAGAUCUGUAGCCAAAGCCUGUAUGGAAUUGGCACGUUUGGAUACUGACCGCAUUGAGGUGGAAAAUUGUGGUCAUGCUGAAUCGGCAGCUGAGGGUGCUGCACUGGGUGUUUGGGCUUAUCAAGAAUUAAGAGAUCCUAAAAAUCGUGUAGAUGUCCCCUCUAUAGAUUUAUUUACUUAUAAAGAUGAAAUUUGUGAUAUUGAAGGCUGGCGUAUAGGUUUACAAAAGGCUGCAGCACAAAAUCUCACCAGACAAUUGCAAGAAAUGCCCUCUAAUCUUUUAACUCCCACAGCGUUUGCCCAAAAUGUAGUGGAGGUUUUGUGUAAAUCGGGUGUUAAUGUAGAGGUUAAGGUGGAAGGUUGGGCGGAGAGUCAAACUAUGAAUGCUUUUCUAUCGGUAGGCAAGGCUUCUUGUGAACCACCCAUAUUUCUGGAACUGAGUUAUUAUGGCACUUCGGCAGAAGAGAGACCCAUAGUUUUGGUGGGUCAGGGUGUAACAUAUGAUUGUGGUGGUUUAUGUCUUAAGGACAAGGAAGAGUUGUUUAAUAUGAGAGGUGAUAUGACAGGUGCAGCUGUGGUGGUGGCUACAUGUCGUGCUAUAGCUGGUUUACGUUUGCCGGUCAACAUUCGAGGUUUAAUACCACUUUGUGAAAAUGUUAUAGGUUGUAAUGCAUUCCGUCCUGGUGACACUGUCAAGGCCAUGAAUGGCAAACACAUUAAAAUUCAAGGUACCGAUCAUGAGGAUCAUUUAGUACUCGCCGAUGCCUUACUUUAUGCUCAAAACUUUUGUCCCAAAUGUAUAAUUGAUGUUGGUACUACAUCGGGUUGUAUGCGUCAAGCAUUGGGUGAAGCAGCUUGUGGCGUUUUUACCAAUUCGGAAAUUCUUUGGCAACAGAUUAAACAUGCCAGUAUGCAUACGGGUGAUCGAGUGUGGCGUUUUCCACUUUGGUGGUAUUACACCAGUGAAAUUAAAGCAGGCAUGUCGUCGGAUGUACAGAAUUAUGGCUCUGGUACUGGUGGAAGACCUUGUAAGGCAGCAGCGUUUUUGCGUGAAUUUGUACCCUGUGGCCAGUGGAUGCAUAUUGACGCUACAAAUGUCAUGUAUACCGAUGGUAUGUGCUUUGACUAUUUAC